CUGCCCGUCUGCCUUUCCUUCAAGGAUUGGUGUGUGCUUUUGUGGUGACUUCCUGGUGGUAACUGCACUCCACAUUUGUUGGGUCACUAGUGAGUUGCUUCUUCAGAUUCAUUCGGACAUCUUUGUAGCUGCAGAGUCUCCUCUUUUUCCCAGGCUCCUUAUUGUUGAGUUUAGUGUCAGGGUGGAGGAAGAGGCUUAGGGGGAUCCACUGUUGCCUCUCCAGCUUCUAUCAAGGUGACCUCUGAACUAUGGGACAGAAGUGAAGAGGAACUGAGGAAAACUUUUAUUCCAUGGAGGAAAACUUGCACACAUAUGAAGGAUUAAAGACAAACAUCAUCCUCCCUCCUUUUCCCACUCUGAGACUGUUAAGAGGACGCUGUAAGGCCCCUUACACCUCCUUCCCCUCCUCCUCUAUUUGCCCUCAGCCCCUCCCCUUGUUUGCCCCCUUCCACCUGACUGGCCAAUGGAACCAGACGGGCUUGUCUGGGCAGGGAAUGACUGGGGAGUGGAAGGGGGCUGGGAUGACCGACUGGACAGGACCAAACACCUUGCUGGCCAGCCAGACAGGCAGGAGCUGAGAGGCUGAGAGUUACAAUCUGACUUAAAGGACGUCUAACUUUGUGUUUGCUUGUGAAUGGACCAUUUUAUUCCUGGGUUAGAAGAGCUUUUCAUUUUGAUUCUUCUUAUCAAUGGAUCUUUAACAGCAGGUGUGGCGGAGGAGGGUUCUGAACCUGAGCCCUGAUAAGAAGACUAGAAGAAGAAGAAGAAGAAGAAGAAGAAGAGGAGAUACACAGGAGGGGUGGAAGACCCUGAAGUCAAAGGAGGCAGAGGAGGAGGAAAGUAAAGUGAACAGAUCUGUACACACAUCUGACGGACACACACAUCCACAGACCUGCAGCAUGCCCGCAGGAGGACAGAGGUUUUCAGACAUGGAGAUGUUAGUCGGGAUGGAGGACAAGCUGAUGGACAACGCCAGGGGCCGAGCAGGGAGCUGUGUGGAGUUUUACCACAUCAAAAAGAUGAAGACCUUGGCUCAGAGGCGGCAGUCAGCUCCCUCACUCGUCAUCAGCAAAGCACUUACCAGAUCCAGAAGCACGUCCAGGGAAAGCUGCCUGACGCCGGUCAGCCCAGAGUCAUGUCCACUGGUCCAGGCCUUCCUGGCCGAAUGUCCAGGCCGCAUAUUCCUGGGACACGCCCAAACGCAGCUAAAGACAGGCCUGCAGACCCAAGAGAGACACCUCUUCCUCUUCACCGACACACUGCUUGUCGCCAAAGCCAAGUCUCCAACUCAUUUCAAGGUGAAGUCCCAAGUCCGAGUAUGUGAAAUGUGGACGGCGAGCUGCAUGGAUGUAGUGUGUGAGGGAAGCACCAACGCAGAGAGGAGCUUCGUCAUGGGCUGGCCUACCUGCAACUAUGUGGCGAGCUUCAGCUCCGAGGAACACAAGGACAACUGGUUGACACUCAUAAAAAGUCGGAUAGUUGACGGCAAAGAGAAAGACGACCCGAAGACCAUUCCUCUGAAGAUCUUUGCAAAGGAUAUUGGAAACUGUGCAUAUGCCAAGACACUCGCGGUCAGCAACUCUGACAGCACCACUGAUGUCAUCCGCAUGGCUCUGCUGCAGUUUGGCAUCUCGGGCUGCGUUAAAGAUCACCGGUUGUGGAUAAGCUCGAGUAAGGACGACCCUCCGUACCCUCUCAUUGGCCACGAGUUUCCCUUCAGCAUCAAGAUGAGCCACAUUCGGGACGGUGGGAGCAACAGUGCUGGUGGAGGACUCGCAGGUGGACUAGGGAGGGAUCCAGCCAGUCCCACAGACUGUCCAGGGGUGCUGCUGCUGGACCAGUGUCUCCCCCCGGACACCCAGUGCCAGUUUAUCCUCAAACCGAACAAGGCCAUGCAUGGACAUGCUCCACUUAUAGAGCCCGGUCAGCAGAAGACCUUCAAGAGAAAGAGAUCUCUGAUCAACUGGCCUUUCUGGAAAGGCUCCAACACACAGCUGGACGGCCUGGCCCUGUCCCCGACCUCGCUCUCCCCCACUCAGGGACGGCUGUUCGGACGACCCCUGAGCUCCGUGUCUUCUCCGGAGCACGGCCUGCCCAAGCCUGUCAUGGACAUGCUGGUGUUCCUGUACCUGGAGGGCCCGUACACCAGGGGCGUCUUCAGGCGCUCAGCGGGGGCCAAAGCCUGCAGGGAGCUCCGGGACCGGCUGGACAGCGGGACCGAGGACCCAGAGAUCACACACCAGUCUGUGUUCGUUAUUGCCGCUGUCCUCAAGGACUUUCUGCGAAACAUCCCGGGCAGCAUCCUGAGCUCUGAUCUGUACGAGCAGUGGAUGGAUGUGAUGGAAGGAGACGGAGGGGACGAGAGGACGCAAGCUGUCCUGAGGCUGCUCCACCUCCUGCCUCCAGAGAACCUGAUUCUGCUGCGUCAUGUGGUCUCCGUGCUGCACUGUAUCCAAGGCAAUGCACACGACAACCAGAUGAAUGCCUUCAACCUGUCAGUGUGCAUCGCCCCCAGCAUGCUUUGGGCUCCAGCGCCGACUACCCCAGAGAUGGAGGGGGAGGGCACCAAGAAGGUGUGUGAGCUGGUCCGCUUCCUCAUCGAGAACUGCAGCAGCGUCCUGGGAGAAGACGUCACCUCGCUGUUCAGAAGCUUCAGCCAGAAGAGCAGCAGCAGCGACCACGGUUCAGAUGUGUCGUCCUUCCAGAUGAACGACUCGUCCUACGACAGUCUCGAGAACGAGCUGAACGACGACCCCGAGUCUCCCUACCAGGAGCAGCUGCCGCUCCGAGACAAAGACAAGCCGGACAGCCGCAGCCGGGACUCCGUCAUCACCCUCAGCGACUGUGACCCCGAUCCAGACCCUGACUCUGAACUCCUCCUGCAGCUCCCCCCGCUGUCCAGACCCAGGAGGUUCAGCCCUGCUGUCCGACAGCCCCGCACCCGCCAGGCUAAUGGACAAUCGCAGGGUCCCAGGAGGCUGAGGAGGAGCUCAGAGCCCGCUUUGGCUGUUGCAAACAACGGACCAGCGGGAACAGUGACAGUCCACAUAGAUACCGACCACGUCCCCUUGAGGAAGGCGAGUUAUGAUGCUGCCAUGGACGGGGAAGGGGAGGAAGAUGAGGUGUUUCUGGAGCAGGGGCUCAAGGGGCUGCAGCUUAAAGAGGAGGCAGUGGAUAAAGUUGAGAAGGCAGGAGUCAAAGUCCAGAAUGGUGGGCGGAGAAAGUCAAAGCAUGCUCCACCACCUCCUUUGCGUCUGGAUGCUAGCUGUUCCAGCCUGUCGUCCCCAGCGACGUCACCCACAGGCUCCUCCCUCAGCUCCUUAGACUCCGCCUUCUCUCAGUACUCCACUGACUACACCACCAAUGGAGUGAUCUCAGUGGUUGAGCCUGCUCCUCUUUCCCCUCUCUUUCCUGGGAGGCCCCAGGUGUCACCAAGGGGCUCGCCUCCUCAGAGGGAGGGCCCGCUUCAUUUCCUGCAGCCCAGCCCCCCCUCUCGGACCGGCCAGAACCCCCAGAACUCUCAUGGCCUCCACCCCAACACGUGGCUCAAGAAAGACCGCCACUUGUCACUUAGGCAGACUGAAAAUGGACACACAGAGGAGGACUUGCCUGUGGUUAAUGGUAAAGUCCAUCCAACCACUAACGGCUUCUCCACGAGCACCCAGGGCGCCAUGACCACGAGUCAACGCAGAUCUAGCAGCCCUCCGUCCUACCAGCAGGCUCUGCUGCAGCUGCAGCGCACUCGCUCACCUUUCUACAGGGGGACUGAGAAACCUCUGACGGUCAGAGAGCUGAGACAGCUCCACGACCAGACCUGCACCUACAGACCCUCCAACAACCCCGCACCUCAAACAGGAAGUGAGGUCACUCAGAGGGUGGUGAAAAACGAUUGCCUGCAGCCCCCACAGGGUGUUUUCUUUGGACAGAGCGCCACCACCCUGGUCCUCCAGAGGCAGAAGUCCCACUCUCUGACUCCCUCCACGGAGGGACAGAAAGGGAGGAAGACACUCCCCCUCCCCCGCCGAGCCUCUGAACCUACCAAGGUUGGAGCGAACUCUCAUCCCUCCUCCAGCCUCACCCUGGACAGACCGCGCUCCUCUAAAGGUCAGACCCAAAACGGCGGCCUGAGGGUAUCAGAGGUGGAGCCAAACCACGCAGAGCCACACUUCUGCCUGUCUCCCUCCGCAACCCGGGCUGUGCAGGACUAUUUUUCCUCCCAGGGUCAGGAGGAUGCAGACGUCUGCUUGAGGAGGAGUCAGGAGGUGGCGCUUGCGAUCAUGCAGGGGAAGAAGGAGUGGCAGAGCAGGAGGUGCAGUGACCCUCGGGUGGAUGAGUUUGAACAGCUGUUUUUCGCAGAGGAGUCCUACGUGUAAAUACGAACUUUGUACAGACAAACUGUUUAUAAGAGACUCACUUUUUAAUCUAAUGUGUGUACAGACGUCUCCAAUGUUGAUGUGAUAAUAAUCAGCCAAAUACAGCUUUGUUUUUCUGAACAGGAAUCAUCCCAACACAAGUAGCUGUUGCAGUUUAUUCUAAUGGUACAUCCAAGGUGUUAGACUUUAAAGGUACAGGUUCACUGUUUGUGUUCACUGUGUUUGCCAGGGGAAGGAAUAAUCUCAAACCUUUUAGAAGAUUUAAAAGCAUCUCUUGUAUUUUCUGGUGAAGAUGCAUUAUUGCCCUGCAGUUAAGACCCUUGCAAAAUAUUAAAUGAUGCCAGGUUGACUAAAUUAAUACAACAAAGAUGUGCAUUUAAAUUGGACACAUGAGUCCCUAAUCCAUCUUUGACAUGUGCUGUCAAAACAGUCCAGCGUUGCAGCUCUUGUGCCAAAAACUUGCUCCUUUGAAAGUAUUUGUAUCUGGCAGCAUGUCCUUGAUUUGCUCUGGAAUGUGUCAUCGCUUCAGAGCAUUGAAAAGGAAAAAAUGAAAGAGAAGGAGUUGAAGAAAUGAAAAAGAAAGUCCUUUUCAACUCUUCAGAGGCUUCUCAUGGUCACUUUUUAAAAGCAAAAUUGAAAUCUGAACAUUUUUUGUACAUGAUAAUACUUUCCUUUCACCAAGGUCACAGAGUCGGCACAAGUGCUUGCUAACGCUGCUCCCUUCAGCCGUAAUGACAACAACAUGGCGGUGUUAUUGCCAUGACUUCAUACUAAUACAAUGAAGAUGCUUUUUACCCCGCUGUCAACAACACCUGCGAUGUUCUCUGGUGUGCCAAAGGCGUGAAGUUGCAGGACAGAUGCCCCUGCUGUACAUACUCGUAACAUGUUGGACUAUUUUAACAGCAUUUAUAUAUCUUUAUUGACCAAUUACUGUCUGUAAAGUGAGACAUGUUUCGUCCUGAGAGAGUCAUGUGUUUGUGUGUCUGAUGUGGUGAUACAACAGGGCUGGUAUUUAUUCGUAUUGAGCAGAGUCUCCGGACACACAGCACGCAGUGUUGUCGUGCCGCUCUGGUUUAUAUCUGUGUGACGUGGGAAGGAGGGGAGGGGGGGGAGGGAGAUGGAGAUGGACUGUGAGUGUGUGUUUGUGUGAAAGAGAGAAAGAAAGAAAUAUAAUUAUUGUGUCCUGAGCUGGAUUGUGAGAAAACAUGUGCCAUUGAGGGAGAGAUUUCCUUUAUUGCUGCGUUUAUAGCACUUCAUUACUCUCACAGAGAAACUCUCUCAGUCUUAAAAGAAUGACGAGGACACGGCCUGUUGUGUGUGUGUGAGUUCACUCCAGUUUCUAAGCAAUUGAAAAGCAGUUCACUUCACUGUAUUCAUCCUCAUUUCACCAUGUUCACAAAGCAGGCUUCUUCUAUAACAUCUCACAAAGAAAACUCUGACAUCUGUGUUCCAGGUUUCAAGUGGUAUGUAUGCAGAUGAUCUAAAAGACAUCAUGAUUUUGAAUAUGGUGAAUACAUAAUGCUUCAGUACAAUGCUGUGCAGAUUGAUUUAGGUGACACUUAAAGCUGCAGUUGGUAGGAUUGGGUUAAAAAAAACUGUACUUAUUUUGUACUGUGUUUGGCAAAAAAAGUCAUAACACUCAUCAACAGCCGUAUUUUGAGAUUAUGGCGAGAUCUCUGUAUUUUCCUCUGCCUCUGUAUCCAGCCAUCUAUAAACUCCAAUUGCUCCCGUCAGCUUUGACCAAUCAGAGCCACUCUCCUGAUUGCUCCUCCUACAUCACCCUGAUUGAGCGUGCACUACGAUCUGUUUGUGGGCGGGGCUUACAGGAGCAGAGAGCGAGGGAGAGGGAGAGGAGUGUAUUAGAAAUCUCUCCCUGAACUGGUGUUUAUUCCAGGACUACCAACAGCAGCUUUAACACUAAAUGAUCUAAUAUAAGUGCAUGAAAAAUUAUAAAUUACAUAAUGUCAGCAAAAUGUAACUUCCCCAAGUAUUGACUCAGUGUUAUUAUGAAACUACCGAUGAUCUCACACGCUGGAAUAAGGCUCCCGUCACGUCCAGUGUUGCCAUUAAAAUGGUCUCAAAGUACUUCCUCCUGUAUUAUUUUAAAUGUUUUCUCCAUCACAGUGAAUCGUGUUCAUCUUGUAUAGUUCUUCAUAUUUAUGAUACAGAAAUAUCUAAUUAUAUAUAUAAAUAUAUUACCUUGUAACUUUGGUAUGUCGUGUUGUGUGAGAAAAAAAUCAAAUGUGUAUUUUUGUACAUGCCAAUUCUGCUGCUGCUGUCUCUAUAGAAAGUAUAUUUGCUACGAAACGCAACAUUUGUAUAUUGUGUACAUCUGAUGUCCAAUGCUCACGAGAACAAAGUUUCAUUGAUUUUAAUAAAUGUUGCUCUUGUGAAACUA